GGCGGGGCGGGUGAGAUUUAAAGGGCCAGCGCCCUCCCUCGCUCUCUGGUUCUCUCCCUCCCCGGGGUGGCUUAAUGGAUUCAGGCAAAUUUAUCGGCUGGCGCUGCAGGUUGGAUAGGGAGUAGCCCCAUGGAUUUAACAGAGGCGGCGCUGUGUCGGGAUAGCUGGGCGGUGGGCAUGUGCAGAAUCAUAGAACUGUGGCGUCGGAAGGGACCCCGAGGGUCAUCUAGUCCAACCCCUGCAAUGCAGGAAUCUUUUGGCCACUCAUCCUCUAACGACUGAGUUAUCCAAAGUGAAGCAGAACAUCAGGAUCCACCAGCCAGAACAAGCUGGGUUUCUGGGGGCCAUUACGGUCAAUUACACAUACGUUCCCGCCGCCCUGUGUCUUUUGUCUGUGGAGUAAUGACGCAACCCGACCUGUGCCUUCCCCCUCUAUAAAUCCUGGGUCCCCUACUUCGUGGGGAAUCAGACAUCCAGCGGCUCCUGACAGGUUUCAAGAUGAUGUGGAGCUCUCAAUCUGUGCUCUGUGCAUCUUUGAUCCUCUGCGGGCUACUUGGGGAAUGCUGUGGAACUGUUCUGGUGCCCAAGGACAAACGCGGCUGGACCUUGAACAGCGCUGGAUACCUCUUGGGACAUCCACUUCUCCCCUUGCACUCUCCUCUCCCCAAAGCAGAUGCUCACCAGACACUGUCCAACAAAGGGAGCCUGGCGCAUAAGCGAGAUGCUAUGGAGGACUUGUAUUCCGUAGGGCAGGAUUCCUUGGCACAUGCUCUGCGCUCCUUAGAUGAUGGCACCUUUCAAACGCUGAUGGAUUUUCUAACCUACCUGAACCCCCAAGAUCAAAGAGCUGUUUCACGCCUGCCCCUCUUGCUGUCAGAGGAAGAGUCCUUGCGGCAGUAGCGGCCUGGCCUCCAGCCUGCACCCUUCGGAUUUGCUUGCUGCUGCCACCACCCCUCAGACCCCUCCCCAUCCCACACACAUACAAGAUUCUGCUAUAUUCCUGACACAAAGCCACCUUAAUACAAUCUGGUGCCCCAAACAGCUGUGCCCGUUGCACAGCCAUUUGAGAGCUCAGCCCCCCCCCUUUUGAGAGAAUACCCCUCCCUUUGACUAAUCUGCCCCAGAGAUAUAGGCUAUAAACACACCAUACAGUUAAAGCACAUGACUUCUCCCAAAGAAUUCUGGGAACUGUAGUUUACCCACCACACAGUCAACAUUCUCAGCAUCUGCUUCUCAGCAGUGGCACCCUCCCUGUGGGACGCCCUCCCAUCAGAUGUCAAGGAGAUAAAGAACUACACAACUUUUAGAAGACAUCCAAAGGC